UGCCCCCGGGGUCACCCCUGGCCCCCCCCAGACGAGCCGUGUCUGCAGCUGCGCAGGAACGUGUUCUUCCCCAAGAGCAGGGAGCUGGAGCUGCAGUCGGAGGCGCUGCUGCGGCUGCUGUACGAGGACGCGCGGGGGCAGGUCCUGGGGGGGCGCCUCCCGCUGGACCCCCCCCAGGCCCUGGCCCUGGGGGCUCUGAGCUGCCGCCUGCGCCUGGGCCCCUUCCAGCCGGGGCAGCACACGGCGCGCGCCAUCAGGCCGCUGGUGCCGGAGCUGCUGCCGCGGGCGGCGCCGCGGGGCUGGGGGGGGCUGUGGGGGGCGCUCGUGCGCCGCGGCCCCCGGGAGCCCCCCCCCGAGCAGCGGCUGCUCGAGGCCUUCGCCCGCACCCCCGGGCCCGGGGCCCCCCCCGCGGAGCUGCACCGGGACUUCCUGCGGCGCUGCCACGCGCUGCCCGGCUACGGAUGCGCCUUCUUCCCGGGGGCCAUCGAGCGUCCCCCCGGGGGGCUGCUGGGCCGGGGGGGGCUGCGGCCCGUCACCGUCGCCGUGGGGCUGGAGGGGGUCACCAUCAUCGACCCCCGGGAGAAGCACGUGCUGCUGACGCUGACCUACCCCGAGCUGUGCUGGGAGCUGGUGGGCGCCGUGGGGCAGGAGGGGGACGACGCUGUGGGGCAGGAGGGGGAUGAGGCCGCGGGGCCCCCCCAGCUCUGGCUGGAGUUCGAUGGUGACCACGAGGGAGCCCCCGUGAACCGGCUGCUGCGGGUGUUCUCCCCACAGGCGGAGCUGAUGAGCGCGCUCAUCGAGUGCUGCAUCGAGCUGGGGGGGGCGGGGCCGGCGCAGGCCCCGCCCCCGGCCACAGCCCCGCCCCCGGAGAGCCCCGCCCCCGAGCCCCCCGCGCGGGGCGCCCCCUGGCGGCCGCGGCUGCAGCGCUUGAACACGAUCGACUACGUGCAGGAGGGGCAGCAGCUGCGGCGGGUGAGGCCCCCCCGGCGCUCCGCGUCCUUCUUCGGGCGCGGCGGCUCCUACAGCGCCGGGACGGGGGGGGCGGAGCAGGGCUGAGCCCCCCCCCCCGGGAUGGGAGCACCCACCGGGAGCACCCAGCACCCACCGGGAGCACCCAUUGAGAGCCCCCAGCACCCAUUGAGAGCCCCCAGCACCCAGCGGGAGCACCCAGCACCCAUUGAGAGCUCCCAGCACCCACUGGGAGCACCCAUUGAUAGCCCUCAGCACCCACUGGGAGCACUCAUUGAGAGCCCUCAGCACCCACCGGGAGCACCCAGCACCCACUGGGAGCACCCAGCACCCAUUGAGAGCCCCCAGCACCCACCAGGAGCACCCACUGAGAGCCCUCAGCACCCACCGGGAGCACCCAGCACCCACUGGAAGCAUUGGGAGCCCCCCAGCACCCAUUAAGAGCACUCAGCACCCAUUGGGAGCCCCCCAGCACCCACCGGGAGCCCCCAGCCGAGGGGCCCCAAGCACCCUCUUGGUCCCACCCACCCUCACUCAUGAACACGCGGCCCCGUCGUGGGGCUCAAUCCGGGGCUAAUUCCGGGCGGUUUGGUUCCCGCUGGGGCCGGCGGCUGCAACACGUGUUGGCGACACACAUGAACACGCAUGAACACGCGUGUGCGUGUCACAGAGCCGCUCUUCACCCACCCCAUGGGGUCCUUCGUGCCUCCCCCAGGCGCUGACCAUCACGUCUCUGCACAAAACCACCCCAAAACCGCCGUUACUGCACCAUGUACCCCCUUUCCUCCAUCAUUUACCCCUUUCCUCCAUCAUUUACCCCUUUCCUCCAUCAUUUACCCCUUUCCUCCGUCAUUUACCCCUUUCCUCCGUCAUUUACCCCUUUCCUCCGUCAUUUACCCCUUUCCUCCAUCAUUUACCCCCUUUCCUCCAUCAUUUACCCCUUUCCUCCGUCAUUUACCCCCUUUCCUCCGUCAUUUACCCCCUUUCCUUCAUCAUUUACCCCUUUCCUUCAUCAUUUACCCCCUUUCCUCCGUCAUUUAUCCCCUUUCCUUCAUCAUUUACCCCUUUCGUUCAUCAUUUACCCCUUUCCUUCAUCAUUUACCCCUUUCCUCCAUCAUUUACCCCCUUUCCUCCAUCAUUUACCCCUUUCCUUCAUCAUUUACCCCCUUUCCUCCGUCAUUUACCCCCUUUCCUUCAUCAUUUACCCCUUUCCUUCAUCAUUUACCCCCUUUCCUCCGUCAUUUAUCCCCUUUCCUUCAUCAUUUACCCCUUUCGUUCAUCAUUUACCCCUUUCCUUCAUCAUUUACCCCUUUCCUCCAUCAUUUACCCCCUUUCCUCCAUCAUUUACCCCUUUCCUUCAUCAUUUACCCCCUUUCCUCCGUCAUUUACCCCUUUCCUCCGUCAUUUACCCCCUUUCCUUCGUCAUUUACCCCUUUCCUCCGUCAUUUACCCCCUUUCCUUCAUCAUUUACCCCUUUCGUUCAUCAUUUACCCCUUUCCUUCAUCAUUUACCCCUUUCCUCCAUCAUUUACCCCCUUUCCUCCAUCAUUUACCCCCUUUCCUUCAUCAUUUACCCCCUUUCCUCCGUCAUUUACCCCUUUCCUCCGUCAUUUACCCCCUUUCCUCCGUCAUUUACCCCCUUUCCUUCGUCAUUUACCCCCUUUCCUUCGUCAUUUACCCCCUUUCCUCCGUCAUUUACCCCCUUUCCUUCGUCAUUUACCCCCUUUCCUUCAUCAUUUACCCCUUUCCUCCAUCAUUUACCCCUUUCCUCUGUCAUUUACCCCCUUUCCUUCACCAUUUACCCCUUUCCUUCGUCAUUUACCCCUUUCCCCUCCCUCCCCGCCCGCAAAGAGCUGCUUUGAACCAAAAAGCCCCUUUUUCAUGGUACAAACCCACCCCCCAGGGCUCUGGGGCAAAACCUCCUCAGCUCCAGGGGAUGGUUUAAGGGCAAAACCCCAGAUUUGGGGAAGUUCGUGCUUCAAAAGAGAGGUUUAAGUGUUAAAAAGCGCUGAAAUCUUAGUUCAAGAACGAAGAAUGGGGGGAAAUACCCGGGAUUGGGAGGGAGGAAAGGACGCGGGGGGGAAAUGGCUGCUUGUGGGACGCUCCCCCCCCGCUUUCACCUCAGGGAGAGGUUCCUGUGGGGAAACGCCACUGGGGGUGGGUGGAGGAAAUAAAUUCAUUUAUGGAUUAAA